AUGUACAGUUGUUAUGCUCGGGAGCGUAAUGGAGUGGAGGAGAUGACAUUUACGCAAAGAGACUUGGAGAAUGCAGUGGCUCAAAAAACCGAACUUGAGCUUACUGAGGGUGAUGCAAAUGACAUGAUAGAGUACUUCAACAAAAUGAGUGCCGACAGUCAAAUUUUUUUCCAUCUAUGUCGGUUUGGGAAGGACGGGUCAUUACAAGAUGUUGUGUGGGUAGACUCGAGGAGUAGAGCUACGUAUGAGGAGUUUGGAGAUGUUAGUAUUUUGUUCGGGUACGUUUUGGUCUCUCGGGAGACGGCGGAGACCUAUGAGUGGGUGUUGAGGACUUGGCUACAUUGCAUGGGGGGUAAAGCUCCUAUCUCAAUCCUAACGGAUCAAGAUCCGGCGAUUAGGAAAGCUGUAAACUUGACUAUGCCUGAGAGUUGCCAUAGGUGGUGCAUAUGGCACAUACUUCAGAAGUUUGGGAGGUAUGUGGGUAAGCAUGAGGACUAUGAAGCUGUAAAGGAUGAGUUAAUAGCAUUUAUGAAUAUGCAGAGGUGUGUAGCUGUCUGUGUGCAGGGGACUGGAAGCUAUUUCAGGCUGUAUGAGGAAAGGCACAUGUGGAUCCCAGCGUAUUUGAAGCAUUUAUUCUGCGCCGGGAUGAAAACGACCCAACGUUCGGAAAGUUUCAAUCACUUCUUCAAAGGUUAUGUUGACAAGCAUACAACGUUGUCUGAAUUUGUGCUUCGAUACUGCGAUGCAAUGCAGAUAAGGGUCGAGUCAGAGAGAAUUGCGGACUCGAACACGGUACGGUACAUCCAGCAUUUAGCUACUGAUUUCCUGGUGGAGGAAGUGUUCCAGAAGUGUUACACGGACGCCAAAUUCAAAGAAGUUCAGCGCGAGUGCAUGAGGAUGUUGUACGUGCGACGCCUAGAUGACUAUGAAGUUGGUGAGAAUCAAGUUGAGUUCGUUAUUGAGGACCGAGUGUGGAUCAAGCCAAAAUAUGCAAAGAAAGAAUCUAUGACUAAGAUUCAGAGAUGGUACAGGGUGUGCUACAACAGUAAUACAUAUGAAGCUAGUUGUGACUGUAAACACUUUGAGUGCCAUGGAAUCAUUUUUCGACAUAUGAUCUUUGUGUAUGACCAUUGUGGUGUUUCCAUUGUUCCUGAGAAGUAUAUUCUACAUCGCUGGAGGAAGGAUGUCCAAAGAAAACACACAUGA